AUGCUUAUCUUAGGAUACCUUCUCCUAGUUCCCUCCACACUUGCAUUAAAUAUCCUCCUUUCAUCGUCCAAUUCGUGGGUAUCGAAAAACAUUCGCCAUCUUCAAUAUGAACUUGAACUUCAGAAUCACAAAGUUAUACUUGUAGCUCCAUUAUACAACCAAUGCCAGGGAAAUUCAGACUGUUCCGCGAGAUCAGAUAUACGGGCAGAAACUUCGGAAUUUGACGGGGGUGAAUAUGGCCAUCUCUUAAAGUCACACCAGGCAUAUUACAAGAACAUAAAGGCUGCCGCUGCAGGAGUGGUGAGAGGCGCUAAGGGGGUUAUUCUUAACAAGAAAAAUUACACACCAUUCGAAACAUCGGAUAACAGCUACCAGGGUAAGGACUUUGGUCAAGAUCCACUGAAUUUAAACGCUUGGUUUGUCAACAACUCACCAACUAAUACCUUAUUAAUUGCAUUGGAUAUAAUUUUACCAAAAUUUUAUCCCGACUUCCAGCCUGAUUUGAUAAUUUUAGGUCCGGAUGAAGGAGUCUCUUUCACAGAUCUGGUACCCUACAGCAAGAGAAUCAUGGGAGAGUCGAUCAACCCACAUGAAGAAAUGGUGAGGCUCGCCAUGAUCAAAAAUAUUGCAACCGUCUGCGUUGGCACUGAAGACAAGCAUAAUGUAUAUUUCCAAGAUGAGAAAAUAUUUGAUAUUACACAGCAGCAGCAAGUAUUGCCUAACAGCGAAAGUGAUGACUCUGUCGAAGUAGAGCUGUCGACAAAGAGUAACAGAUUUGUCCAGAAUAUCAAAUUUAUUAAUUCCAAAAUAGUUGAGUUGAUUGGUACACUUUCAGAAAAAAUGCUACUUGAUAAAGCUGAAGCACUUUUACCUAAUCAGACAUCACUUAAUAUCAACUUCCCAUCCAUGAAUCAUGAUUAUUCCCGUUGUCUGACCAGUAGGGCCAAUGAAGAGUUGAACCCUAGAUUCAACCAAAUUAUUUAUGAUGAAGAAGAGAGUUCCGUGGACUACUUCAAAAUUCCCCUGUUCGUAAUGGCCAGCAACGGGGAACUUGUAUUAGAAGGCGAGUAUACCAUAGAUAUCAGUACCAACCUGAAACUCAUGAGGGAAGAUCCAAUGGACGAAACCUACAUAGAUACAGCUUCAUUGUACUUCAAGCAUAGAGUUAAGACCUACAAGGAUGAGGCUCCACCUCAAGAUUAUUCUGAUAAUGAAGACUUCAGAAAAUUAGUUUUAAGAAACGAUUUGGAGAGGUUAGCAUUAAGAGAUUGUUUAAUCAGUGUAACUGUUAACAAUUUGGAAUUCAAUGGGUUAGGAAAGGAGUACUUUGAUUUGGGUAAUUAA